CUUUAGAAAUUAUGGAGCUAGCCGAUUUCCACAUACGCGAGAGCACCCAGACUGUUUGAGCAGCUGGCCUGAGUGCCGGCUGCCCGCAUCCGACCCCCGGGAACCCACUCCGUCGGACGGCCAGAACAGAAGAGCUCCGAACUCCAGACGCACCGCACCGCACGCACAUCUGGCAACCGAAAGCGACUCGCCGCGCCGGUUGUUGAACUCUUGACACUUGACUGAGAAUAGAUUACCGCCCGCGGGUUCAAUAGGAAUUUGGCGAAUCGGCCGAGUCAGCAGUUAGCACCACUGGGAAUUGAAUUCAAUCGAACAUAAUCAUCGAAUCGCGCCACAUGUAUGCCUACAAGAUGGGUCGAGUUCCGGAGCUGGUUAUAUGCUCCUUCAUCGUGGUCAGCCUGCUGGUCAUACACUUCUUCUCGGAUCUGCUGAGAGCCUCUUUGGGCGGCUACUACAACCAGGAUGUGACCCUCUCCCAGCUGGUCGAGUCCCAGAGCUCGGACUACGCCUGGCUGCUCAAGCUCCUGGUCAAUUGCUUCGGCUACAGCUGCGUCUUUGUGCCGGGCUAUCUGAUCUACAAGUAUGUGGGCAGGAUCAACUACCUGGAGCGGGGCAACAAGACUUUUCUGCACAGAGCCAUCAACAUGUGCAUCACGGGAAACUCGGGACACGAUCAACUGGAUGCAGGUGGCAGUUCCGCGGACAAGGAUCGUCCGGCGGCUUCGACGGCCCCCAAGCGAACGAGUUCCCAGGAGGCUGUGCAGCUACUUUGGUGCUUUGGCGGCCUCAUGAUCUCCUAUCUCACCUGGGGCGUGCUGCAGGAGAAGAUCAUGACGCAGCACUAUCUUAAUUUCGCCGGAGAGAGUGCCAAGUUCAAGGACUCACAGUUUCUGGUCUUCUCCAACCGCUUGCUGGCCUUCCUCGUGGCUCUGGCCUACCUGCAAUGGCAGCCCUCGCCUGUGCGACAUCGCGCUCCGCUGUACAAGUACUCCUACGCCUCCUUCUCGAACAUAAUGAGCGCCUGGUUCCAGUACGAGGCCCUGAAGUUUGUCAACUUUCCCACCCAGGUGCUGGCCAAGUCCUGCAAGAUAAUACCCGUGAUGCUGAUGGGCAAACUCAUGUCGAAGGCCAAGUACGAGAGCUACGAGUAUGUGACUGCUUUGCUCAUCUCGCUGGGCAUGAUAUUCUUCAUGAGCGGCUCCUCGGACAGCAGCAAGGCCAGUGGAGUGACCACGCUCACGGGCAUCUUCCUGCUCUCCAUGUACAUGGUCUUCGACAGCUUCACCGCCAACUGGCAGGGAUCGCUCUUCAAGAGCUACGGCAUGACGCCGCUGCAGAUGAUGUGCGGCGUGAACCUGUUCUCCUCCGUCUUCACUGGAGCCUCGCUGUCGAUGCAGGGAGGAUUCAUGGACUCCUUGGCAUUUGCCACAGAGCAUCCCAAGUUCGUGUUUGACAUGGUUGUGCUUUCCGUUUGCUCAGCGGUCGGCCAAUUGUUUAUCUAUCACACAAUUGAUGUCUUCGGCCCAGUUGUGUUUACCAUUAUAAUGACACUGCGACAGGCCGUGGCCAUCAUGCUCUCCUGCUUCAUCUACCAGCACAGCAUUUCGGUGCUGGGCAUCUUCGGUGUUCUGAUUGUCUUCGUGGCCAUCUUUCUGAGGGUCUACUGCACCCAGCGACUGAGGGCUAUACGCAAACGGGCCGAGGCUAACAAACCGAAAAUGGCUGUCUAAAAAUGGGACGUGGACACGCCUCGAAUGCAACGCACAGACUUCCUAGCUCAGCCUAUUUAUUGUACUGAUAGUAGCUCAUGGUAAGUUCCACUUCCGCAGACCAAACAGAGGCUGCCUGGACUCCACAAAUAUUGUACAGUUUUGUUUUACUAGUUCUAAGUUGAAUGUAUACUUGUAAGCGUAAGCGUAGACGCCUAACGAUCGAUUUGUGUGCUUAAAUAAACUUUUUAUAUGCUUAAGUAA